AUGGACACCUUGCGACGUAAGAUCCCAGUCAACCACGCUUUGAAGUCAGCCAGCUUUAUUGAUAUCGCGUUGCAAAUUACCAAGGAAGAUAACCAAGCACGGACCUACCUUGGCGAUUGCCGCUACGACUCUCCGGUAUCGAUACUACGAAACUGUCGCGUCGAAAGUGAGGGUGACAUCAGUUCUAUCGGUCGGGCUACAAAAGCUUCCGUUCAAGUGUCACCUGCGGCUGCACAAGGCGCAUCAGUUAUGGUGAGACCCGCACAGCACCCGGAGCCACGAAUGGAAGAUUUAUUGGACGAAAGGAAUCUGCUGAUGAACGUUUUCUCAUCAAAAGAACGAAAACUAUUUGUGCACAAGACAGCCCGGGUUCUCUUCACUACGGAGUUCGUCAUGCUCACCGAGUACACGGAGAUCAUCGUUCCUCUAAUCUACUGUACCUACACGCUCAAGUCACUUGAUGAAGUUGGUCUUCACGAGAAGAUCGAUAGUGUGCUUACGUAUACGGCGCUAGAGUUUGUGUCGUUACUGACAAUCGGCUACGUGAUUCAACGAAAGCAGAGAAUUUCCAUGCUACGCUUGAUUUCGUUCGUCUUGGAUAAAGGCUGGCGAAUGGUGCAAGCAAACCUGUGCCUCUGGAUUUCCUUCACAAUUGAAAGCUCCCUAGAACAUAGCGGUAAGAACGCUCGUAAAAAUGUUGUGGUGAGCUGUAUGAAGGCUUACAUUAUAUAA